AUGGUGCUCGAGGCGACCAUGAUCGUUGUUGACAACAGCGAGGCCAGCAGGAAUGGCGACUAUCUACCCAAUCGAUUCUCAGCGCAGUCCGAAGUUGUUUCACUCAUUUUCAACGCAAAGACCUCCUCAAAUCCCGAAUCCGCUGUCGGUAUCAUGUCCAUGGCUGGGACGGGUCCCAAGGUCCUUACAACCCCCACGAACAACAUUGGUGCCAUCCUGGCUGGCCUACAUGAGACCAAGAUUAAGGGCCACAUAAGGUUAGGUACGGCUAUCAGCGUGGCAAUGCUGGCCCUCCAUCACAGAGCAAACAAAUCCCAACGACAGCGGAUCGUCGUUUUGAUAUGUAGCGAACUGGAUCCGAAAUUCGGGGAUAAGAACGACACAGAGAAGGAAUUGAUCAAGCUGGCCAAGAAGUGCAAGAAAAACAACGUCUCGGUCGAUUUUGUGGCCUUUGGUGAUGCCGUUGAAUCAAGUACGAAAUCAAUACUGGAGAAAUUUGUGGAAGCCGUAGGUGGCUCGUCGGGAGAAGGAAAUUACCUUGCCGUCAUCCCACCGGGACCGGGUUUGCUUAGCGACAGCCUCAUCACUACGCCUAUCGUCAGCAUGGGUGGAGAUAUGGGAGCUGGAGCUGGUGGUAUGGAAGGGAUUGAGACUGGCGGCGGCGCUGGUCGAUUCGAUGAAUUUGGCAUCGAUGCAGCGGCGGACCCAGAACUCGCCAUGGCUUUGCGGAUGAGUAUGGAAGAAGAACAGCAUCGUCUGGAAAGAGAGCGUAUAGCACGUGAGGAGGAAGAGAGACGGAAUGCGGAUAGGAUGGAGACCAUCUCUGAAGAAGGCCAGGGUCAGCAGCAGGGCACAAAUGAGGAAAGUCAGGACGGCGCUGGGUCCAAACAACCGCGGGUAGAGGAUGAUAAGCAGGAGUGA